AUGGCACAGACCAACAGUGUUGGGCAGGGAACCAAUGGGGUAGCGGAUGAGUCGCCCAACAUGAUAGUGUACAGAAAGAUGGAAGAUGUAAUAGCCCGCAUGCAGGAGGAGAAAAAUGGAAUCCCGAUCCGCACCGUGAAAAGUUUUCUAUCCAAGAUCCCCAGUGUUUUUUCAGGGUCGGAUAUCGUGCAGUGGAUGAUCAAGAAUUUAAACAUUGAAGAUCAAGUGGAGGCACUCCACCUAGGAACCCUGAUGGCUGCCCAUGGCUACUUCUUCCCCAUCUCAGACCAUGUCCUCACUCUCAAAGACGAUGGCACGUUCUAUAGGUUUCAGACUCCUUACUUUUGGCCAUCAAACUGCUGGGAGCCAGAAAACACAGACUAUGCUGUUUACCUCUGCAAAAGAACAAUGCAAAAUAAAGCACGUCUCGAGCUUGCAGACUAUGAGGCAGAGAGCUUAGCGAGGCUACAAAGGGCCUUUGCCAGGAAAUGGGAGUUCAUUUUUAUGCAAGCAGAAGCACAAGCAAAAGUGGACAAAAAAAGAGACAAGAUUGAGAGAAAAAUUCUCGACAGUCAGGAAAGAGCAUUCUGGGAUGUGCACAGACCAGUGCCUGGAUGUGUGAACACAACAGAAGUAGACAUAAAGAAAUCCUCCAGAAUGAAAAACCCCCACAAGACAAGAAAGUCUGUAUAUGGGCUGCAGAAUGAUGUCCGUACCCACAGCCCUACCCACACCCCUGCCCCAGAGGCCAAGCAGCCGACAGAGGAGGAGCUGCAGGAACAGAUCACCUUUUGGCAAGUGCAAUUAGACAGGCAUCGACUGAAGAUGUCCAAAGUGGCGGAUAGUUUGCUGGGCUACACAGAGCAGUAUCUUGAAUAUGACCCCUUCCUCACACCACCAGACCCCUCCAAUCCCUGGAUCUCAGAUGACACCACAAUCUGGGAGCUAGAGGCUAGUAAGGAGCCAGGCCAGCAGAGGGUGAAGAGGUGGGCUUUCGGCAUUGAUGAAGUGCUCAAAGAUCCUGUGGGGCGAGAGCAGUUCCUCAAGUUUCUGGAGUCUGAGUUCAGCUCAGAGAACCUUAGGUUUUGGCUUGCGGUCCAGGAGCUGAAGAAGCGCCCAAUCAGAGAGGUUCCCACACGUGUUCAAGAGAUCUGGCAGGAGUUUAUGGCCUCUGGAGCACCCAGUGCCAUCAACGUGGACUCCAAGAGCUAUGACAAAACCACCCAGAAUGUCAAAGAUCCUGGACGCUACGCUUUUGAGGAUGCACAGGAACACAUCUACAAGCUGAUGAAGAGUGAUUCGUACAGUCGCUUCAUCCGUUCCAGUGCCUAUCAGGAGCUUUUACAGGCCAAGAAAAAGAAAAGCAAGAACUUGUUCUGA